AGUUGAGUACAGUUCGUUGUCAGUAUUGUAUAUCCCUGGCAACACCUCUAAACUUCUAAACGUCAGUUUCCCAAAAUGUUAAAACUACUUGUAUGCGUUUAUUUCUUGUGCGUUGGCGGCGCCGUUUACGGCCAAGUGGUAGACGACAAGCAACCUUUAUUCGAGACAGUCGCCUACAAGUACAUCUACUUUUCCACCACCGUGCUGCUCAUGGCCAUCGUACGUCACGUAACUGAAGAAUACGACUUGCCCAUUCCAUACGCACUCUUCUCAAUAAUACUCGGCGUGGUGUGGGGAAUCUGGGCAAUGUAUGAUUUUUGGGCAUCAGGAAUGUCAGAAGCCGCCCAUAUAGCUGUGGAGUCCCUAGACGACGUUUUUCUACCGGUUAUAGUAUUCAAGAUUGCCUUCUGCAUCGACGUCCACGCAUUCUUCAAGUCUCUGACUCAGAUUCUGAUAAUCGCAGGACCAAUUGCCUUCUUGAGCGGCGUCAUGACUGGAAGCUUGAUGAAGGUGGCUGUCAGCCCGAAUGAUUGGACGAUGCUGGAUGGUUUCCUCUUCGGUGCGAUUAUGAUUCCCAUUUAUCCCCAGGACGUCCUGCGAUGCCUCAAGGAAUCCACCAUGCAGACCAAGCAUAUGAAAAUUCUCCUCGAAGGAGAAACAAUCGUUUCAGCUUGGGCAGCUAUCACAGUGUUCAUGUUUAUUUGUAGCUAUAUAAGCGGAUGGGUGGUUUGGUGGUACCAGUUUGUCCUACACCUCCUUCUACAGAUCGUUGUGGGUGUGCCCAUAAGCUACCUCUUUGGCAUCGCCGGCUCGUACUUGAUGAGGGUGGUGUACAACGACGCCGUAGGCAUCAUGCUGGUCACCGUAGCCAUGUGCUAUUGCUCUUACUUUUACGUUCACUGGAUCGCCAACGCCGGCGUCCUCGGGAACGCCAUCGUCGGAAUAUUGAUGGGUUCGAAGCGAGCCUCGUUGUCCCAAGAAAUAGACAGGACUGUCACCACUCUGUGGCAAACCAUCAACUGCAUCAUGUGCGGCAUGCUCUAUACAAACAUAGGAACCGUGACGGUAAUGAUCAUCAGUAAAGGUUUGAACGUCCAGGACUACAUGCUGAUCUUCGUGACGUACCUGAUUUCGAACAUAACGCGGUUCGUUAGUUUCUUCUUAUUCUCGUUCAUUUUGAGCCGGAUCGGGUAUGGGAUGACGUUUCAGAACAUGAUCGUUUGCGUGUGGGCGGGCCUGAAGAACCCCAUUUGCUUGUCCAUGGCGCUGAAUGUGUUCGAGUUCUUCGAGGACGAUGAGCGUAAAGGCCGAUUGGUCUACCUGUAUUGUGUGACCGUUUAUGCCCUGAUAUUGUUUAUCAACGGUAGUUGCGCGACAUUACUAAUCAAGACACUGGGACUCGCAGAGCUCUCAAAUUCGAGGCUGGUGAACAUGAACACCUGCAUGAAGUAUAUUUAUGAGGCAAGGAGCCGGACGGUCGCCAUCUUGAAAAUGGACCGAUUUCUCGCGGACGCUAACUGGCCGCUGGUGAUGAAGGCGACCGCUCUUAAACACCCGUACAAAAAGAUGAGCCAGGAUGUGAUAUUGAAAGGUCAAGAGGACAACAACGACUUGUUAGAUCAUAGGUACACUUUCUGUCCUGACUGUCAAAAUAAAGUACAGAAUGAACCCACCCCUAAAGAAUUUCGCGACAUGUUGAAGGAAGCUAAGCUGCGUCUCCUGAAGCUCAAGAAAACCGCGUAUUCUCGCUUUUUCGAAAACGGCAUGAUGUCGAAAUUCGGCAUCGGGAUCAUGCACCAAACCAUCGAAGUGGCGAUGGACAACGAAGAACUCAUCGUCGAGCUGGACGGUCUCUAUCGCCUUUUUACUAAAGAGGGCAUGUUCUACAGAGUGUUGACGAACAUCUUGCACCACUUCCUCAGAGUCAAAUACGUGAACCUGCGCCCCCCGCGGAUGUGGUGGCGCCGUCUGUGUUAUCGCCUCGUGAUCGUCCACCAAAACACUUUUUUAUGCAUAAUGCAAUCGUUGGUGUUUAUCCAUGCGUGCACAAUUAUUUUUAACAAAUUAUUCAUGACUGUAGAGGCGUUAUUAUCCAAGACGCUCUUCUACACCAUGCUGUACUUCACCGAGUUCAUGAUUAAGAUUUUCGCCUUGUCGUGGAUUCUUGUUUUCAAGCACGGCAUUGGGAACUACUUCAGAUCUUACUGGAACGUCCUCGAGUUUACGAUCCUGGUCUUCUGCAGCUUUUGCACCAUCGUUCAUAUUUUAACAGUGGCGAAAGCCAUUCCGAUGAUGAGCACGGUCAUCUUCGAGAUGACGCUCUUCGUCCUCCUCGUCAUACGGCUUCUUCGGACGUUCACUCUUCUCAAGUACUACGCCUGCUACCGGGCCUUUGCUCCCUCCGUGAUUCGGUACCUGGAAGAGCAGAUCGAUAGAUACAGAAUUUUGGCGUACGAGCUGGGUAUAAACUAUCUAGCCGGAGAAGAAGAGAUGCUAGAAAAUCUGCACCAGAUCAUCGACGAUGAAAAAAUCCGAGAAAUCGUCAAAGAGAAGAUAGACAGCGAUCGGCUCGCCCUCACUUACAAGUUGGGUACCUUCCAGAAUGAGUUUCCUCACGUGGCCACUACCGUCAAGACCAAGCUGGCCAUGCGGAUGGUGCUCAAUAGCAUGAAAGACGAUGUGCAUGAGCUGAAAGUGGCGGGCUGGGUGGACGACGUCGAGAACGCUAAACUUCUGAAUGCUUUAGGCGAGAGGUACACGUUCAUAGACUCCUUGAACAUCAUUCAGCCCGUUUCUACCAAACUCAUCUUUCGGGAAAUACCGUACAUGGUGGAGAACGAAGAGAUCGAGUUCUUAUACACGCAGUUGACUACGAGGAAGUUUGAGCAGCACGAAGUGGUGUACAAAGAAGGCGACAUAGCUGAGAACAUCUACAUUUUGAUUUCGGGGAUGCUCAAGGAGGAGUACGUUCCGGAAAAAGCCCCCUUGGAUAAACUGAGAGAAGUCGGGGCUUUGCCGGUUGUCGACUACGCGUUUUCCCUGACGUACGAAGAACCGAUCAUCGAGUACGUCGUACCGGGAAAUAGCAUCGGAGAGCUGUCUCUAUUGACAGGGAGGCCAUACAAUGCCGUCAUUAAAGCAGAGACAACAAGCAUGGUUUACGUUUUGAACAAAACCUCUCUAACUCGGGCGUUCGAGAUGAACCUCGACCCGGUCAAUGGGUCGGUAUUGCUCUCUUCACCUCGAGUCUCUCUCUACGCCUUUUUCAGGCUGGAGUGUCGCAUAUGGAAAUCUAUUAGCUUCAAGAAGGCCCUCACCGUGAUGAUGAACAGCCCCUCGUACAGGUCGUACACUCAGAACAAGAUCAAGUACAUCCUUGAGCGGGCCUUUGUACCGAAUCUAUCCAAUUACAAAGUCUUCGUCGUGAACGAAAUGAUGGCCGACAUCAUACUGAUCGAGGGAACAGUGAUGGACUUUAAUUCCAGAUACAGGUACACCGGGACGUGCUACAUUCCGAGAGCCGUGCAAAAGCUGAUAUUACCACGGAGCAGCUACCUUAAGGUGAAUGAGCCCGUGGAGACCAAGUUGUUGGUAAUACCGGCCAAGGAUUACAACGAAUAUGAGAUUAUGUUGACAGAGGAGCAGAUCUCGGAGCUGGUGAGCGAAGACUCUAAGGAAUGCCUUCGGAAACUGAUUCAAUCAAAGAAGCUGCUGGUGACCUCGAAGAGUUCCGCAACUUCGAGACAGAUGAGGUCAAUAAUUGGCAGUUUAAAAAAGAAAAUGAUAAGCCACGAAUCCAUGGGUGGUAGUAAAAGCAUUUUAACGCGACUGGGUUCCCAAGUAUCCAAAACCGCUUCUGCAUAUAGAGACCGUUCGAUGGCGUCCAAUGUUUAAUAUUUGACUGUUGUCACGUGUUGUAUUCAUUAUUUACAAUAAACCGCUUUUUGCUAACUAAGAAACUGAAUUUGUUUUCACAAACUUACUAAGGUAAUACUGUAUUCGCUCUACUGGCAAAAUUACCUGUCUACAAGCUUUACAUUGAA